AUGAAGAGUUCCCUAUUGAAGAAAGCAUUGGUCCUUGCGUGCGCGAGUGGGCGGUUUGCGGCUGCGAUGCCGAGCCAGAACGAGUACGAGGUGGACGCGGAGAUGACGCCGUUUCCCGCGUGGCUCACGGAGUUGACGGGGCUCAGCCAGUGGCCUGAUGCAGACCCCCCGUACAUCCCCAUCGAGAGCAUCGACUUGUCGAAGGUGCCCGACUACAAGCCGUACCGCGAGGGCGAGUGCCACUUGAACCCGCCAGAGUCAUGCUCGUUCGACUGCUACAAGUGCUUGGCGAUCGACGACGUGCAUACGUGCCCACGCUUGAGCCAGACCUUUGACGACGGGCCGUCCGAGGCCACGCUUGAGUUGCUCGGCCAUCUCAACCACAAAACAACGUUCUUCAACUUGGGCUACAACAUCGUGCGUAACCCAGCCGUCUACCGCCAGGUCAUGGCCGCCGGCCACUUAAUUGGGACGCACACGUGGUCGCAUCCGUUCCUACCGUCGUUGACGAACGAGCAGGUCGUCGCCCAGUUGCAAUGGUCCAUCUGGGCGAUGAAUGCCACCGGGAACCACUUGCCACGCUGGUUCCGCCCACCGUACGGCGGCAUUGACAACCGUAUCCGGGCAAUUGCACGUCAGUUCGGUCUAACGACUGUGUUGUGGGACCGGGACACAUUCGACUGGAUGUUACAGUCAUCUGAAUUUUCAAGAACAGAGCAGCAGAUUCUGGACGACGUCACCGAAUGGAUGCGCACCGGCACGGGCCUUAUUCUAGAGCAUGAUGGACACGAGCGCACCGCACGCAUGGGCAUCCAGGUCAAUGACAUGAUUGGUCCCAACCAAAUGACAGUUGCUGAGUGCGCAGGGGGCGUGGACUACUUGCAGUCGCUUCCCUGGUUCUCAAGAAACUCUCAUUUGAGCUCCGAGGAGGCCCAAUAA